GAAUUGCGCCACCUGUUUCGGUUCAACUAAUCUCCAUUCGCAUUCGAGUUCGUCGAGUGCGAAGAUGAAGAAGCAGAACGUUCGGACCCUCUCUCUGAUCCUCUGUAUGUUUUCCUACCUGCUUGUGGGGGCAGCGGUCUUCGAUGCUCUGGAAUCCGAAUCCGAGAGCUCCAGGAAGAGAAUCUUGGAGCAGAAACGCAACGAAAUGAAGAAGAAAUACCGCUUCUCAGAGGACGACUACCGAGAGAUCGAGCGCGUGGUUUUGCAAGCGGAGCCUCAUCGUGCUGGGAGGCAAUGGAAAUUCGCAGGGUCGUUUUACUUUGCCAUAACUGUCAUCACAACCAUAGGUUACGGGCAUGCAGCUCCCGGCACGGACGCUGGAAAGGUAUUCUGCAUGUUCUACGCAGUGCUGGGCAUUCCACUGACGCUGGUGAUGUUCCAGAGCUUGGGCGAGAGGAUGAACACUUUUGUGCGCUACCUGCUGAGGGCAGUCAAGGAGUGCCUCGGCAUGCGGAGGACGGAGGUCUCCAUGGAGAACAUGGUCCUGGUGGGCUUCCUGUCCUGCAUCGGCACCCUGUGCAUCGGGGCGGCCGCCUUCUCCCACUUUGAGGGCUGGACCUUCUUCCACGCCUACUACUACUGCUUCAUCACCCUCACCACCAUCGGCUUCGGGGACUUUGUGGCGCUGCAGAAGAAGGAGGACCUGCAGGAGAAGACGCCCUACGUGGCCUUCAGCUUCAUGUACAUCCUGGUGGGGCUGACGGUGAUCGGGGCCUUCCUCAACCUGGUGGUGCUCCGCUUCCUCACCAUGAACUCGGAGGACGAGCGGCGGGACGCCGAGGAGCGGGCCUCGCUGAAGAGGGAGAGGGACAUGAUCGCCCUGAGCAUGGGCGAGGACGGCUGCAGCAGGAGCACCCUCUUCCUGCCCAUGGAGGAGGGCACCAGCCGCACCAACCUCAUCCCGUCCCCGGCGGAGGAGCAGGAGGCGCCCCAGGGGACACGGCCCCCAGGGCCCCAGUCUCGCAUCGGAUCUUUCUGCUCCUGCAUGUGCUACCGGCUGGGCACCUGUGACAGCCCUGCUCCUUCCCACCAUGAGCACCUGGGCUGCCACACCAACUCUGUAUACUACAACUCCAUCUCCUACAGGAUCGAGGGUGGAUCCUCCAGCACCAGGGACAAUACAGUCCUGUCCUCCCCGGGCAGCACCCUCUCCCCUGGACACUCCAGUUUCAGGGAGUUCCUGCGCACACGAAGGAAAUCUGUGUAGCCCCUCC